AUGAGGGGCCCGAUUCCGCCACCGAAAUACGGCGCAGCGCCGCCGGAAGACGACGGAGAUCCCCUCAGGACAACCGCCAAUGCCCUCCCAAGCGUAGGGGCCGGGCUACGGAAAAAGGCAGCGGGAAUCCGACCAUGGCUCCUAUUGGACUCGACGGGGCAAACCCAAGUGGUGGAGGCCGGAAAGCACGCAAUCAUGCGGCGGACGGGGCUGCCGGCGCGUGAUCUUCGAAUACUCGAUCCCCAACUCUCUUAUCCGUCCAGUAUUUUGGGUAGAGAAAGGGCCAUUGUCAUCAAUCUUGAGCACAUCAAGGCCAUCAUCACUGCCCAAGAAGUUCUCCUCCUCAAUUCCAAAGACCCCUCCGUCAAUCCCUUUGUUGAGGAGCUUCAGCGCAGAAUAUUGCGUCAUCACCACAUCAAGUCCCAGCAUAUGAAUGCUAGCCCUCCCCGCAGAUAUUCCGGGAGCAUUACUAAUAACGAUGAGGAGGGUAAGACAGAUGGGAAACAGCAACCUUUGGAGAACCGCGACAGGCCUAAACUGCUUCCCUUUGAGUUUGUCGCUUUGGAGGCAUGCCUUGAGGCCGCUUGUAGUUCACUGGAGAAUGAAGCGAAAACAUUGGAGCUGGAAGCUCAUCCAGCUUUGGAUAAGCUGACUACUAAAAUUAGUACACUUAAUCUCGAAAGAGUGCGACAAAUCAAAAGUCGUUUGGUGGCAAUAACCGGACGAGUACAGAAGGUGAGGGAUGAGCUAGAGCAUCUGCUGGAUGAUGAUGAAGAUAUGGCUGAGAUGUAUCUCACUGAAAAGUUUGAAGAACAGCAACUUGAAAGUUCUUCUGUUUCGUCUAUACCUGAUCAAGAUGGCUCAGAUGAUGAAGUUAAUGGUCAAGAAAUGGAUGAUAGGGCCCCUGGUGAUCUGUUACUGGAAGGUAAAGAGGGUUCAACUAGUUAUGAUGCCGGCCUUCACAAUAGUGAAAAUGCACAAGAACAUCUAUAUGUUAGCACUCGGGCAUUGAGCAAAGAUAGUCGUGGAACCCGCACUAGUACCACGCAAAGUGGUAUAGGCAAGCAACUUGAUGUGGAAGAGCUUGAAAUGCUUUUGGAAGCAUACUUUGUCCGAAUUGAUGGCACACUGAAUGAUCUCUCCACUCUGAGGGAGUAUGUAGACGACACUGAAGAUUACAUCAACAUAAUGCUUGAUGAUAAACAAAACCAUCUCUUACAAAUGGGUGUCAUGUUGACAACUGCGACCCUUGUGGUAAGUGCUUUCGUUGUGGUGGCUGGAAUCUUUGGAAUGAACAUCUCGAUUGAAUUGUUCGACCCUACCAAGUCGGGGAUGCCGGAAUUUCUAUGGACCGUGGGGGGUAGUACCGCUGGUACCAUCAUCCUUUAUGUGGCUGCGAUUGCAUGGUGCAAGCAUAAACGCUUGCUGGAGUGA